ACGCGUGAGGUGGGUUUCCCUCUCACCUAUGCCCCCUCUUUUCCACACAACCCACACCCCCUUUUACUCUCUCUCUCUUCAUUUUCUCUCUCCUCCCUAUCUCCUCACCUUUUACUCUCCUCCCACCCAACUCAAUCCAACCCACCAUGAAACGAGCAAUGAACUCCGAUUCCAAUCCAAAUCCCACCACAACCCCCAAAAAACCCAAAUUCAUCCCAUUAAUUCAACACCAAAUUCAACAAACCACCAAUCCCAAUCCCAAUUCCGAUUCCGAUUCCGAUUCUCAAUUCGCAAAACUCGACGAAAACCUCCUCUACGAAGUAUUCAAACACGCCGACGGUAAAACCCUAGCCACAGCCUCAUGCGUAAGCAAACAAUGGAAUCGGACUGCUCAAGAUGAACGAUUAUGGGAGUUGAUCUGUACUCGUCAAUGGAGUAAUAGUAUUAAUUAUAGUACUCGUCAACUUAGAUCUGUUGUUCUUGCUCUUGGUGGGUUUCGUCGCCUUCACGCGCUUAAUCACGCAAAGACCGCCCCGGCUUCUUCGAGCUCUGCUCAGCCUAUUCUGCCUCCGUCGAGUGCGAUUCCGGCGCGUGCUGUCAAAGGUGGGAAUAAUCGGUUGGGGAAGGAUGAGGUUCAUUUGUCUUUAUCUCUUCUUUCUAUUAGAUUUUAUGAGAAGAUGAAUUCUUCUAAUAAACGACCAUAAUUUUAUUUUGAUUUGUAAUUUGUAAUUUUUCUUUCUAUUUUUAGGGUUUUUUUUUAUGCUAAAUUGUUGUUGUUUUUAGAUUCUACUAUGAGGAAUAAAUAAUGAAUGUAAUGAGUUUCCUUUGUAAUUUGAGUGUUGAUUUAAUUUAAUGUAUUUGUUGAUUGGAGUA